AUGAAUUAUUAAGCUGUUUUGGAUUAGAUCAAAUUUUAUGAACCACAUUUUGAUGAUUAUAAUUUUCUUGAUCUCUAAAAGUUGAAUGCUAAAUUAACUAUCUCUAAUAAUUAUGUUUAUUAUGGUCAAUUUGAAAACAAUCUAAGACAUGGAAAAGGUUAAUUCAAGAUCUCUAUCAGAUAGGUAUACUCUUAUAAUAGAAUGGACGGAAAUAUGAAGGGUAGUGGUAGAAUGAUUAGAAAUAUGGUUAUGGUUGGGAAUUGUUGGCCAAUGGAUCUCAAUACGAGGGAAAUUAUGUUAUGGGUAAACCACAUGGAUAAGGCAAAUUUAUUUGGCCUAAUGGAGAAGUCUAUGAAGGUUAAUGGAACUAAGGUGCUAAGGAAGGUCAAGGUAAUUAAUUCAAUCCUAUAUUCAAAAGGAACAUGGUAUGGUUUAAAGGGAGAAUAAUAUUAAGGGGAAUGGAUAAAUAAUGUAGCUUUUGGAUAUGGAGAACAUAUACAUAGUAAUGGAGAUCGUUAUGUGGGUAAUUUUAAGGAUUGGCUUAAAAAUGGAGAGGGUUAAGAAUAUUUUAGCAAUGGAGACAGGUACUAAGGGAACUAUUUAAAUGGUAAACCUCAUGGUUAUGGAGAAUACUUUUGGAGUAAUGGGGCAAUAUUUUAAGGGUAUUUUAAGGAUGGAUUAAGAUGUGGAAAAGGAAUUUGGAAAAGAAGAGAAGAUUCCCCAUCAGAUUAAUAUUAAGGGGAAUAUGAUGAAGAUAAGAAAAAUGGAUAUGGAGUAUACAAAUGGUCUAAUGGCAAUGAAUAUAGAGGCAUCUUUUUAAAUGAUUAUAAACAUGGUUAUGGUGAAAUGCAUUAUGUUGAUGGCAAGAUACUUAAGGGAAAUUGGGAAUAAGGGAAAUUAGUUAAUGAAAUUAAAUAAAAUUCAUCUAAAAAAACAUCACAUUCAUUUGAUAAUCAUAUUAAGAUAGUUGAUAAUACUCAUAGUUAUAAUAAGAGUUAUUAAAAUAGAAAUAUAUUUAUGGAUAAUCAAUAGGAAAAUAAUAACUAAAUUAAAAGUAAUCCUUAUAAUGAUAAUGAUAAUGAAAAGUUAAGUAAUUCAUAUGCUGAUGCAUUAAAUAGUAAUAAAAAUAUCAAUAAUAAUAACAAUAAUAAUAAUAAUAGUAAUCCAGCUUCUUCUUAAACAUAUAGAACCACAAAAACCAUUCGGAUUAGAUAAUAUUAAAAAGACAAAUCCUUUAGUAUGAGUUAACAAACUUCACAAUAUGGACCAUCUAGUCCAAAAAGAGAUAUAUCUGAAAAGAAUGAAAAAUAAAAAACAUAAACUAAAUUUUGCAUAAAAGCAUAAGACAAUUUCUAUCUACAUAUAAGAAGACCAAAAUAGUUUUCUUUAUACUAAAAUUGA